AUGAUGGAUGGACAAGAAAUUCUUAAACUUUUGGAUGCACUGUGGGGUCCCAGGAAGAUUGUGAUUAUAUAUUGCCAAGAUCAUCGAAAGGGAAAUACUGUGGUUUCACAGGGCGACCAGAGAGCUGACACAGAGGCCAGUCCCUGGAGCUCCUGCAAUAAGAAGUUGGUCGGUAAGUGUGAACUGUGGAUGGUCAUCACCUGCAUCUUCCUGGGUCUCAUUAUAGUGAUCAUCAUUGGUUUAUGUCUUAGUGGAGUAACUUAUAUUGAUGAAGAUGAAAAUGAAAUAUUUGAGAUAUCAUCAAACAAAACAUUCUUCAUCAUGGUCAAGAUUCCAGAAGAGUGCAUUACAGAAGAGGAAUUGCCUCACCUGCUUACUAAAAGGCUUGAAGAUGUGUACAGUAAAUCUCCAUCUCUGAGUCAUUAUUUCACUUCAGUUGAAAUAGUGAACUUCAGUGGUGAAAACGCCACAGCAACCUAUCACCUGCAGUUUGCGGUUCCAUGGGGAGAUGACGGCUUUAUGAAGUACAUGAUAAGUGAGGAGCUUGCACUGGGAGUUUUGCUACAGGAUUUCUAUGAUCAGAGUGUACCUCAUUGUGAGAGUCUGGGGCUUGAUCCAGCAUCUCUCUUGCUCUAUGAGUGAAUUGGUUGAGGCUGGUCUGUCAGAAGGUGCUCCUCUGAGUUUUUGGAGAGAAAAGAA